AUUUAUUCUGUGAUUCAAACUAUGAGUCAGUUGGUCGGGUCGAAGUCAAAGAUCCGUAUCAAAUUCUUAUCAGAAAUUGUAAAUAUUGUUUAGCCAAAGUCACGCUGAAAAUCAACAUUCGAACUAAGUGAGGAUCCCUCAUUAUCGGAGAUUUAUCUUUGGUUACUCAAAAUGCUGGGACAAUAAUACUCAAAAUGUGGACAAUUAUCUUUUUAUUAUUACCUGUAUACUUAAAUGGGCAGCUGUAUGACUAUAACGCCAACGCCAACGACAUAUUCUUUGAUUUACUGAAGUGCCCGGAGCAUUGGGUGCAAUUCCAACAGUCUUGCUAUAGAUUCAUUAAAUCGCCUUUACGUCCAUAUAACGAAGCUAGAAAAAUAUGUCAGUCCUUUGUACCUGAUGUCGGAGGAUCCGACUUAGUAUCCAUUGACACCCAUGACGAACACGGCUUUCUUAUUUAUCAACUUACGUGGCAAGAUCCGCAAUACAGAAAAUGGUACGUGGGUGUACAUCAGUUGGGCCCUAAUAACUGGCAAAACCUCGACGGGAACCCAUUUUUGCAUAUGGAGAACGCAUUCUUUCCCGACAACGAGCCGUAUGGAAAAGAUUUCUUAGUCUAUUCGUAUUCGAAAUAUUCAAUGAGAUGGGGUUUCCAGCCUGUUAAAGGCGACGAAUCGCUACUAUACAUCUGCGAGGCUAAUGUUCAACUUAUACAAGGUCUCAUUGGGGACGAUCGAACGUAUAAAUAUGGUAUAGACAUUGAUAAUCCAGAACAAAUACCGCGAGGACCUUUUUUCAUAAGGCAGCCGUCUGACGUCACGUUCGACUUAUCGAAAAGGCAAAUUUAUAAUGACGCCACCUUAAGUUGUUUCGCUGGUGGUUAUCCCACUCCGAUAUAUCAAUGGUUCAGGGAAGAUUACGAAAAUGACAGACUUGUAGCUCGAGAAAUUGAUCCAUUGAAAGAUGCUCGAUACACAAUUAGUGGAGGGACGUUGCUGAUAAAUAAUCCGGAGCAGAAAGAAGACCGGGCAACGUACCACUGUAAAGCUUCCAAUAAGUAUGGUACAAUUAUUUCGGAAAGUGCAGAACUAAACUUCGGAUUUAUCAUGGAAUUCGUUCUCAAACGAUCGCCAGAAUCCGGCGAUCAAAAUUGGGGUAAAGCCAUUUACUGUGAUCCGCCCACAUAUUUUCCGGGUGUUAAAUAUUAUUGGUCUCGCGAUUAUUUCCCCAAUUUCGUCGAAGAAGAUAAACGAGUAUUCGUAUCGUACGACGGUACGUUGUACUUUUCCGCUUUGGAAACCAUAGACAGAGGGAAUUACAGUUGUAGUGUACAAUCGGAAGUUUCCGAUACCGGUAGAAAUGGCCCGUUUUUCCCAUUACGAGUAAAUCCUCACUCGAAUUAUCAACAGUUAAAAUUUCCAAAUAAUUUUCCGAAAGCAUUUCCGGAUGCUCCGACGGCGGGUAAGGAUGUCAGGCUCGAAUGCAUGGCAUUUGGAUAUCCCAUACCUUCCUACAAUUGGACUAGAAAGGGCGGUAGUCUUCCACGUAGUGCACGCCUCUCUGCCUUUAAUCGCGUUUUAAUUCUACCCCAAGUAAAAGUGGAGGAUCAGGGUGAAUAUGUUUGUAGAGUGUACAAUGACCGAUCUGCCAUAGAAAAUAGUGUCAUUUUAAAUAUUCAAGCUGAACCUAAUUUUACAAUCCCACUAACUGAUAAGCACAUCGACAGUCGAGGGCAAUUAGUGUGGACUUGUGAGGCGUUUGGUAUUCCAGACGUUAACUACACUUGGUGGAGAAAUGGUCGACAAUUAGGUACUCACGAUUUUAUAUUAGUCAUCUCUUUUAAUGGCCAAUUUUCAGUCAUGGGAUAUCUGGAUCCGGAGGAUCGGGGUAGAAUUCGCAUUCAGGAUAAUGUGCUAACGGUCACUCAUGUCGAUGACGAACGUGAUCCGGGAAUGUAUCAGUGUAGAGCUUCCAAUACUCUGAGAAGUAAAUACUCAUCCGCGCAGCUAAGAGUGUUAGCUUUUAAACCUUCCUUUAAGAAAAGACCGUUAGAGUCUGAAGUUUAUGCCGCCGAGCAUGGCAACGUUACUAUUAAGUGUAACCCAGAAGCUGCGCCUAAACCACGUUUUGUGUGGAAGAAAAAUUUAAAUAUAAUUGGAUCUGGUGGCCAUAGAAGGAUUUUGGAAAAUGGAAAUUUAGUUAUUAAUCCUGUGUCACGCGAUGACGAAGGGAUAUACACUUGUACCGCGACCAACGAGCUUGGUAUGGAUGAGUCACAUGGACGUCUGAUAGUAUUACGCACACCAAGAUUGGUCGAGCCUCUCCGGCCUAGGAUUUUAACGUCGGUGUAUAAAGACAUCUACCUCCAGUGCCAGGUAGAGACCGAAGAAAUGUUAGAUGUCGCUUACACUUGGAAUCACAAUGGAAUGCGUAUAAGAGACACUGACAUUAAGAAUAUCGAGAGUCGCGUGCAUUUGAGUGGUGGCUCUCUUUACAUUACAAAUUCGACAUUUUCGGAUGCGGGAGACUAUGAGUGCGUUGUAAAGUCGGCAGUGGGUGAAAUUACUUCAAAAUCGACAAUUGUCAUCGAAGGACCUCCUGGGCCGCCAGGUGGUUUACAAGUUGUGAGUAUUGAACGCACAUCCUUCAGAUUACAAUGGACCGAUGGUGAUGCUCAUGGGCGUCCAAUUUUCGCUUACACGAUUAGCGGACGAACAAAUUGGAAUAACACUUGGGUUAAUAUUACACAUGGAGUACGCGCAACCGAAAUCGAUCGUAAUAGUGGUAGGAAGGAAGCUGUGAUAGAAAAUAUUUUGACGCCCUGGUCUAUCUAUGAGUUUCGUGUGAAUGCUUGGAACGAACUUGGCAUGGGUGUAGCGUCCGCUCCGAGCCCGCGCCACUCCACUCCUUCAGAUCGACCUUUCGUUGCUCCCGAUGACAUUAGCGGUGGAGGAGGCAAAUCUGGUGAUCUCACGAUAACGUGGACGCCCCUUUUGCCUCAAGAGCAAAAUGGGCCUGGAAUACACUACAAAGUAUUUUGGAAAAGGAAGGAUUUCGAAACCGAAUUUCAGACUUUGCUACUGAAGGAAUUUGGUAACACUGGAAAGGCCGUCGUUUAUAUUUCAAAAGAUUAUUUUUAUACUGAGUACAUUGUUAAGGUACAGGCAUUUAAUGAUGUCGGCGCGGGCCCUCAAAGUGAAGAGGUUGUUAUAUAUUCGGCGGAGGAAAUGCCACAUGUGGCGCCGCAAUUGGUAUCCGCCCUGUCCUAUAAUUCUACUGCACUAAACGUUAGCUGGAAUCCUAUUGAAGAGAUUCGACCGAAAAUCGGUGGAAAACUAAUUGGGUACAGAAUCAAAUAUUGGAAGACGGACAGCAGAGAGGAAGAAAGCGUAUACUACUUGUCUCGAACAACAACACCAUGGGCGCUAAUUGUCGGUUUACUGCCAGACACCUACUAUUUCGUAAAGGUAAUGGCCUUCAAUUCGGCAGGUGAAGGACCAGAAAGUGAACGUUACUUAGAGCGCACAUAUCGGAAGGCUCCACAAAAGCCUCCUACUUCUGUGCAUAUCUUCGGGAUUAAUCCGUCAACCGUAAGAGUUGUGUGGCGUUAUAUCCAGCCGUCAUUAGAUGAAGAACCAGUUCAAGGAUAUAAAAUACGAGUUUGGGAGGUAGAUCAAGACAUGAGCAAGGCGAAUGACACAAUCAUGCCUGUUGGUGGUAAAUUGGAGGCGUACAUUGAUAAUCUGUCACCUGGAAAAACCUACAAUAUGCGGGUACUUGCAUUUUCAAACGGCGGCGAUGGCCGAAUGAGUUCGCCACCUUUAACGUUUCAAAUGGGAUCUCCUGCAUCGUAUCGAAGUGACGCUGUUAACCAUCAUUUGAGUGUCUUCUUUGUUUUAAGUAUUAUUAUAUUAAAUUGUUUUGUAUUAUGUAAAAGUAAUGCAGUAUGAUACUGCUGAUGUGCCUUCAUAGAUCGUAUAUAGAUGACUUCUAUCAGGUUUGUGAACUUGGGCAUUGUUUUAUUCUCAUAUUAUCACAUUCUCAUUUAGCCUGACGAUUAAAGGUUAUCAAUGUUUAUUUGACUGAUUCAUAACGACCGUUAAGUAUUUAGUAUUUUCAAGUUGGUAUUGUAUAAUUGAUAAUUUUUUUCUAUUUAAUGUGAUAUUUUUGACAAAUCACAAUUAAGGUAGUGGUAUUUACGAAUAAACGAUCGACAAUAUUUUUUAGUGUACCUGUACGUGUUGUGUAAUGUGCUUUAAACAAUGCCUAAGAAGUUGAUAAAUUAGAUUAAGUUUUUUAGAAUUUAAAAAAAACAAAUGCAAAAGAGUCCGUCCAUUUUAUAUGCCUUUUAUAUUUUUCUAGAUGCAGUAUUGUAAUAUUUUAGUUGUGCUCUACCAAACCAAUAACCUUGAGUCCUGUGUUCUUACUGCACAAUACAUUACAGAAUAGUGAUGCAGGACUAAGGUGCCGUGAUUCGUAGAGUAUAGAUCUUUUUUUUAUAAAUACAUUAUUUCUAUUG